AUGCCGGGCCCAGCAGGUGCCUUCGCUAUGCCUGGUGCUGUCGUAGCAGCGAAACAUCUGGCAAUAAAAGCGACCGCUUACGCCGAUGCCACAACGUUUGCCUCCGCAGCAUUUUCAGCGAUGGUUGCAAAAUGGUUGUGGAAAACGUGUCCUGAAUGGUUAAAAGAAGAUAUAUCGUUCAAGCAUUUGUUACGGACGUCGGAUGACGUUUCUGAGGAGGAUCUAUCACAUCUUGGAGACAUUGUGAACAAGCUUGACGAAUUGGCGAGAAAGUCAAAAGAAAUUGACGUCGUUGUUCCACAACUUCACGCAGCUCUGCUCGCUUACAUCCAGCUUACCGGUCAGCUGAAGCUAUCAAAUCUAGAGAAGAACAAGAGCAAAGAUAGAGAGCCGACCCGAGAUCACGCAUACCGCAAUGCAGGUGAAAAGCAGCCGGUUGAGUCGCUGUGGAUUACCGAAUAUCGAGAAGCCUUGAAAUAUGCCACAUGGGCCUACUUCAAGGACACCGAAGUCUUGAAAGUAAAGUUACAAAAACGCGGAUACGAAUUGUUGACACACAAUUUGUCGUUGCGACCUGGAAAUGUAUCAUAUUAUCUUGCGCUGUCGCCGAUGGAUAACACGCUUAUCCUUGGUGUAAGAGGCACGUCGUCAUUGGAAGAUAUCCUCACUGACUGUUGUGGGAGUGCUGUUCCAUUGAAUAAACAAGACGGGGAAGAUGACUGUAUGGGAGAUAUGGGGAUUGAAAUAACGGAUCUAGGUGGCAUCAUCGAAAGCGACGAUGGCUGUAGCGACAAGAAUAUUAGGUGUCACGAAGGCAUACUCAUCGCGUCGAGGCGAUUGUUGGAUGAAAUUGACGAACACAUAAAGAAUUGGGUGAUUGAUGCCGGGUGGCACCUAAUUCUCUGCGGUCACAGUCUUGGAGCUGGAGCUGCCACUGUUGCUGCUUUCUUGUUGCGGUCUCGAUAUCCGCAACUAGCUGAAGAAGAUAAUGUUCAAUUGGAGGUCUAUGCGUUUGCACCGCCGCCAGUUGUAGACCACGACUCAGCUCUGGCGGCAAAAGCAUUUUGUACUUCUUUCGUCCACAACUCUGAUCUGAUUCCAAGAUGUAGUAUGUAUAAUCUUGCAGUAUUCUUGGAGUGCCUUCUGAGGGUGCACGAACGUUUGGUCGAAGAGGACAUGAACCCAACAUCCGCGCGAUCCACUGCUGCGUUCUUCAGAAAGUUGUCUCAAGGGUCCUCAGGGGAGCCCUUACUUAGCGAAGUACAAAUGAAGGAGUUCAUUCAGAAUGCACAGCAAAAGAUUGAUAUGCGAUUACCUGGUCAUCUCUUUGUUCCAGGGACGGUCUAUUUGUCUUUCAACCCUUGGGGGAACCAAGCCUUGAAGGAAGAGGAUAAAGAGGAGGACGGAAUUUCAUGGGAAUGCGUGGAAACCGAUGGUACUGCAGCCGUGUUCAGAUAUCUUGAGCUCGAUGGAGGAAGAAUGUUUAUGGAUCAUGUGACAUCCACGUACUAUGAAGUUCUCAAUAUGGACUACAACUUAUAA